CCAUGAAGGUGUCGGAGGGGCUGAGCCACGCAGGGGCCUGGCCCGGGCCCCCAGCGCACUCCCUCGCCCGCAGCAGGACGGCCAUGCGUCCCUGUCACCCGGGUUCCAGCUCCUGCUCUGUAGGGUCCACGCAUCCACUGAGCUCCCACACUGCGGUCUGCUUGGUGCUCAGCACCAUAGUAGAGCUGAGCAAAUUGUCCCUGCGAUAGGAAGCACUUCGGGAGGAUCACAGAGCAGGCUGUGACCCCUAGCUGACACGGAGCGUUUGUGUGUACGCCGGGGGGGGGUCUUGCUGUUCAGAGCCACCCUGGAUGCACGGCGUUUGAGUGUAUGGGUAGAGGAAGGCACUGCCCAGAGGCUGGAAUCGGUCUGUGAGAGCCAGUUCUUUCUUUUAUCUGUGUAAACUGAGUGAAAUCCAGCUGGGUGGGCAGAUUAGUUGAGGGAGGAAUUGCUGGGUUGGAUGGGAGCCCAGCAGGGACUCCGGAGGGGAGUGGAGGAGGCACCGUCCUGACUGCAGACAUAACUGGGGGAGUCGUCGGUUUGUUUGGAUUAUUCCUGGGAGGGCGGUGUGAGCUAAUUCACAAGAAAUCAGAUAAACAGAGUGUGGAAUCCCCACGGGAGAGAGCUUUCUCGUGUGGCAUGCCUGGCCGCUGCCAGCACACCACACUCCUCCGCUCCCGGUGCUGUGGAGCUGGUUGUGGAGCACAGCCCCUGCCUCCCUGUCCCUACCCACGGGCCUCGCUUGCUGCCCGCGCUGUCGCUGGGCCAGCUUGCGCUGGAACGGGUGACGUCACCAUGUUUACACGGGGCUCGUGGCACGGUUCUGCGAUCAGGAAUGUGGAGAAUGGGGCCUGUGUUGAAUCAUGCGUGGUGCUGUCAGCUCCCCGGUGCUGCCUUUGAGCCGAGGAGAGAAUUGGCUGCGCUUCUGCUGAGUUCAGGCCUUUUGAGCUCUGGGGAAAUGUGUUGAGGCUGCAUUUUCUUCAUUGCAGUCAUUGUGUUUGGCACUUUUCAGCAUGAUCUUUCUUCAGGAAGCUAUCGGAAGCUGAGCAAUCAGCAGUCUGCAGAGUUAGGCCAGCUUUGGUCUCUGCUGUGGUGCCGGUUCUCUGGGUGUCCUCUCUGCGGGCUGCCAAAUAGUUCUGUCCCUGAUCCUCCAAACUGGACCCAGGAAACAGGUCGUCUCCAGGUUGUACUUCCCAUUCUUCGGGCUUUGUGGCAGCAUCUCAUUUUGAUACCCUUGGGAAGGGGGCUGAGGAGAGAGGAUCACGGGGUGCUUUUGGGCACAGUCGUGUGACAGCUUUGACAACCGUGGUGGGAUGCUGCUGCCUGGCAAGGCUGGAUUCCUCCAGGUGGUAGAUGCAUUGCGGAGCCUGCACCACAGCUGCUGGAAGAACAUCCGUCCGGAUUUGCUGACUUGUGCAUCUGGUCCUUAACUGUGACUCUGCAUCAGAGCCUCUUGCAUUUAGCAAAGCAGUAGCAAACAAAUCAUUGUUGGCUGUUUGGCAGUGAGGAGACAGAGGGCACAGUGGUGUUUGUAGAAUGCACUUGCCCAGGAGCGCCUGCCUGGCCAGAGGAGGCGUGCAGUUCCUGGCUGGCUGAGGUGCAUUGGAGUGGAUUCAUUCACUGGGUAGGGUAGCAGCACUCUGAACCAAAGCCGGAGGAGAGGAGAACCUGAUUGACAAGGCUGUCGUGUUAUGACGACCCCCAACAAAGGAAACAAGGCCUUGAAGGUGAAGCGGGAGCCAGGUGAGAAUGGGACCAGCUUGACAGAUGAGGAGCUGGUGACCAUGUCUGUACGGGAGCUGAACCAGCAUCUGCGUGGCCUGUCGAAGGAGGAGAUCAUCCAGUUGAAGCAGCGUCGGCGCACGCUCAAGAACCGGGGCUAUGCUGCCAGCUGCAGAGUCAAGCGUGUUACCCAGAAGGAGGAACUGGAAAAGCAGAAGGCAGAGCUGCAGCAAGAAGUGGAGAAGCUGGCCUCUGAGAAUGCCAGCAUGAAAAUGGAACUCGAUGCUCUCCGCUCCAAAUACGAGGCUCUCCAGAACUUCGCCAGAACCGUGGCUCGGAGCCCCGUGACCCCAGCACGGGGUCCUCUCGCAUCCAGUAUGGGGCCCCUCGUCCCUGGCAAGGUUGCCACUACCAGUGUCAUCACAAUAGUGAAAUCCAAAACGGACGCCCGGUCUUAGUGAAGCGAGUGUUGCCUGAGCUUGUCUGUGCAGGGCAGUUAGGCACAAAACCAGCCUGGAAUCCCCAAAGCACAAACCCUCCCCACACGGGUCCGGGUUCCUCCUUCUUGGCCCAGGACUGGCCUGCUGAUCACUCCAAUUUUGUGUUGUCGUGUUCAGAUUGGUAUGAGCAGUGGUGAUGCAUCCCUUCUCCUGUGCAGACAGACCCAGCGCUUCGCAGCCCUCGGGUGCCCUUGGGACAGACUGCGAGAUCUUGGUUCUCUGGCCAAAGAGAGUCUGUGCAGCGUGGGCGACGGAAGGGCUUGGGGAAGGUCCGGAGAGAGGCUUUCUUCCUGGGGGCUGAGAACCCUCGUUUUCGGUCGCUUCUAAAGGCUUUAUUUCAUUGCUCUUCCAGGCAGUGCAUCUUAGCGCCUGCCUGCCAGGCGCCUGAACCUGCUGCUUUUGUUUCCUUUGGUCCCUGUAGUUGCAGUUGGGGUGUUCUGUGUAAUCGUUUUUUAAUCCUUUCUAGGUGUGCCUCUGUGCCCUAGCAGUGGGUUUUCUUCAGAUGUCGUUGCGUCAGCCAUGCAGACAGGCAGUGGUAGGGAGGAAGACGCUGUCGCGCCUUGCUGUCUCUGCCCCAGCCAUGGGGAGGGAGCCAGGAUGGGGCCUGACACCCCAAGGGAGGGAGGGAAGGAUCCGUGUUGACUGCAGGCCGGUUUUGUGCCUAAUGUGUUGCACUGAACAAGACCAAAAUCACUAGUUGUUCCCAUGUGUUGAGGGUAUCAAGUGUCUCUAGUGUGAUGGUUUACACAGCCAGUUUAUGUGGUUAAAUAGCCUUUUAUUUAAAGAGAGAAACUUCAUUUUAAGAGUUAUUAAAUUAUCUAAGUUUAAAAUCAAAAUCAGACAGAAGAGAGAGAGCGUAUUUAUAGUCAGCUUUUUUUUAUCAGAGAGGGUGAGAAUAUUUGGCCAUAUAAAUGGGGAAAUAUUCUCGGAGACUUUGCUAGUUGAAAGUUAAUAAAUAAAUAAUUUAAAAGUUUCUCGUGAACCUCCCGCAAACUGUUUGUGGCUCUGAGGUUAGUUUUUAUAAAGAGUUAUCAGACUUUAUUUAUAAAACUUAGAAAAAACACAAAAAAAAGAGGCAAGUCCUGUUUGAUAUCUUUUUGCAAUUGUACCAAAAGUGACUUAUUCUCGAUCUUGCUGGCUUCGGUUGUGUCCACUUGUGUUGCACUCUCUGAGCUCUCGUGUGGGCCUGUGGUGUGGUGGUGCCCGUGGCUGCCUUUGCCAUCUACUAGCGUUUCAUGCUGCUGUCAUUUUUGCUAAGCUCAGCUUAGAGAUUGAGUUGGAAUUUCUCUAGGGUCUCCAAAAGGAUUCUGGUGCGCAGGCAAAGGCGUUGCUGUUGUUGAAGGCAGGAGUGAUGACUGAUGCUGAGCAGUGGUCGCCUGGCUGCUGGAAGUCUCCUGAUGGAGAGGACAGGCCAGGAUGGCACAAGUGAAACCCCAGUGUUGCAGGGAGGCAGAGUUUGCUGUGCAGUACUGCUGUCUUCUGGGCUGAGUAGCAGGUAAACCUGAUGGAAGAUGUGAUGUAGCAGGAGAGGAGAGGAGCAGAGCAGGUUGCUGGUGGGGAUUUACUGCUUGCGAGGGAGAUUGGCUUUGCUGUGAUUGACAGAGGGUUUAAGGAGAAGCUGUUUGGGAUGCUUUUCCCAGUGAACUUCCUGAACAAAGAGUGGAUUAGAACGCUGCUUCCAGGCUUCCCCCUCUCAGCCCUGGGCUUUCUAUUUGAGCUGAAGUGUCCAACAUGCUGUUUCCCAGGCAUUUCCCAGAUGGGCUCUGCACUGAGCAGUGCUUGGCACAGAACUCCGGGCUCAAGCCUUUGAUCUCCAGCUGGUUACUUGAUGCCUGGAAGAGGUGAAGUGUUCCAAAACACAGAGACCUCCACCUGGCCUGGGGUGUCAGUCCCAACCCUGUCCCUCCUAGAGCUGAACCUGGCUAGGGAGCCGCUCUGAACCCAGCUGGGAACCCAGCUCUGUGGGGUGAGCAGCCAGGGGUUUGUGAGGGAAACUGUUUAGGAGCUGAGCGUCAGGGCUGGAGGCUGUGUUGUGCGGAGGGCCCCAUCAACAGAGCCAGGUGAUGAUGGGCAAUCCUGCAGCCAUGGUGAACUCGCAUCCGUUGUACUCUGUGGCCAGAAACGGCCGGGUCCUUCUCUGCCUGCAGGUUGGAAGCUGCGCUGCUGCUGGCCAGAGCCUGUGCCGCUUUACAGUGAGACCGUGAGUGCAGAGGACUGCACAGGAGGCAGCACUGCCUCCUUCAGGUGGUAGCACAGUCGUUUAUCCUGCUCUGUGCUGCACUUGCUAGCUUGCGGCCCCAGCCUGCGCCGAGUGGCCAAAGGUGUUGGAUAAGGACAGGGACUGAUGGGUACCUGUGUGCUAAAUGAGUUCUGUGGGUGCUGGGCUGGCUGUCGGCGGGGACAUGGUCCCCUCGUGAGUGCUGCUUCCCUCCGCUACCGCGCUGGUUUUGGUUUUGUUCUCGGUCAAGAGUUGCACCCCAAGUGAUGUAUUUCUGCAGUGUCCACAGAGUCUCCCCUCCUGCGUGGGGUGACCCAGUCCCCUGCCCGCUGGCUGCCCGUGCGAGCCGUCACGCUGACCCCUCUCUCAUGUAUAGCAUUCUGGAGUGUGACAGCUCUUGUCCCUGAGGUGCUCGUCCAUUUGGUUUCCUGCUGUGAAGGGUGUCGUGUUUUCUUUCUCCUUUUCCUGGUGCUGUUCCAUGGUGGUUGGGGAGGGGGCCUGGCCCCAGCCUGCCCGUGGGCUGCACCCACCGCCGCCAUGUGUGUAUCUUGUGGUCAGUUGUGUACAGUGACCCCUGCCUUGCGCAGUCUUGGCGGGUGCCGCUCUGUGGAUGGAUCUGCGGGGCGGCUGCCUAAGUGGGACUGCAGCGGGCGGACAGACGAAUGGACGGACAGAGGGUCUCGUCCUUGCUUUGGCUGGCCCUUCAACCUGGUGCCCCGCCUGGCUUCGGGGGGGCUCCGUACCUGCCCUGCCUGGGUCUGAGGGGGCUCCCCACCUCCGUGCCCGUGCCUGGGGUCCCCCUGCCUGGUUUU